GAGGACCACGACUCGGCGCUGCAGCUGCGCGGGCUGCCCUACCGCGCGACCCUCGGGGACGUUCGGGCCUUCCUCGGCCGCCACGCGCGGAACCUGAAGGACGACGCGAGUGGCCAGUCCAUCCACCUGGUGAUGAAUCGCGAUGGGCGCCCGUCGGGCUUCGCCAAGGUGCAGCUGAACUCGCCCCAGGCGGCCCACGCCGCGCGGGACGAGCUCAACAACAAGUCGAUGGAGGUGGCCCAGGGUGACGCUGGCCCGAGGGCCGCCGCGACCAAGGCGAACCGCUACGUGGAGGUGUUCCUGUUCCCAGAGCGCCCGAACAAGCUGCGCUUUAAGAAGGAGAAGACCUUCGACAUGGGCGAGCAAUGUGUCGAGCAGGGCGUCUGCGACAUCACCGCAGAGCAGGUAUACGCCGAGUGCUGCGCCUACAUGGCAACUCCAGGCCGUGGCCAGCUGCUCCUCAGCAUGCUGGGUGUGGCCCUGUCGCCGGCCGCCCGGAACUACCUGAAGAGGACCGACCAGGGCCUCAAGCAGUUCUUGCUGCAGCACCCGCAAGUGCUCGCAGUGGAGGGUGCAAAGGGGCGCGAGACCAUCACGUACCUACCAACCAUGCCCAUGCAGUACAGCGAGCCGGGCUACGGCUUCGACAGCCGUAGCGGGAUGGCAGGCCGGGCGCCGCGGAUUGACUCGCCGCCGGUCAUCGUUUUUUACAUGAGGUUGAUGGUGAUGAUGCUGUUGUUCUUGUUGUUGCUGCUGCUGUUGUCGUUGUCG